UUUCACUGAAACGUCCAGAAGAAAUUGACGUGGGGGGUUUGGGAUAGCAGUCUUUCUCAGCCCCCCCCCCACCUUCCUAUUUGUAAAUAGUUGCCCACCCCCUUCUCACCGAGGUGACCUGGAGCUGUUUUAACCCCCACAAUGGAAGCCUUCCUUCCAAUUGGAGUGACACAAUGGAACACCGCUGUCAAUCCAGCCCCCCCUUACAUCCAGAUCCUGGAACAGCCCAAACAACGUGGGAUGCGUUUCCGGUAUAAAUGCGAGGGACGCUCGGCCGGGAGCAUCCCUGGGGAGAAGAGCACAGACAGCACCAGGACGUACCCCGCCAUCGAGAUCGUCAACUACGUGGGCCCGGCCAGGAUCCGGAUUUGUCUGGUGACCAAAAAGGAGCCGUACAAACCUCACCCCCACGACCUGGUGGGAAAGGAUUGCAAAGAUGGCUACUAUGAGGCAGACCUGCCUGAGAGGAGUGUCCACAGCUUCCAGAAUCUGGGCAUCCAGUGUGUGAAGAAGCGAGAGGUGGCGAUGGCCAUUCAGAGUCGGAUCAACAAGAACGUCAAUCCUUUCAACAUCUCCCGGGAGGAUCUGCUGAACGAGACCGAGGAGGAUUUGAACGUGGUGCGGCUGUGUUUCCAGGUCUUUCUGCCCAACAAGCUGGGGGUCUGCAAUGUGCCCCUCCCACCAGUGGUCUCCAACCCCAUCUACGACAACAGAGCCCCCAACACGGCCGAGCUGAAGAUCUGUCGGGUGAACAAGAAUUCUGGGAGCUGUCAGGGGGGAGAGGAGAUAUUCCUGCUGUGUGACAAGGUCCAGAAAGAGGACAUCGAGGUGAGGUUCUUCACCAACGACUGGGAGGGGAAAGGCUCUUUCUCCCAGGCUGACGUCCACCGCCAAGUCGCCAUAGUCUUCAAGACCCCCCCGUACAAGGACGUGACCCUGAGCGAGCCGGUCACUGUCCACAUGCAGCUGCGUCGCCCCUCCGACAAAGAGGUCAGCGACGCCAUGGAGUUCCAGUACCUUCCCGAUGACAAAGAUCCCUACGGCACCCAGGAGAAACGGCGGAAGACCCACCUCGAGUUUAUGAACAUGCUGCACAAAUGUAACAUGCCAGGGGUACCUCCUGCCCUCAGACCCAUCGCCAUGGCCCAUCGAUCCGGGGGUGAAAGGGUGGCAAAGGCCAAACUCUGCGAGAACAACCAGAGAGGUGGCAGUGCCCCUGACCUGCUGGGAGGGACCACACCAGCCAAUGUGGGCUACCAGUCCUUGGACCGUUUCUCCGUGGGCCCCGUUGCUGUCUCCUCCUCUGGCCCUGCCCCCUCUGCCCAGCAGCCCUACUACGCACCCCUGGGUGGGGUGGGGUUGGACCCCCGGGUGGGGGGCCAGCAGCCCCACCCCUUUGGCUUCUUGGGCAAGGGCCCAGACGUGGCCAACGUGAGCAGCUCCUUCCCCACCAUUGACGUCUCUGAGCUGUUCGGUGCCGCCUUCCAGCUGGGGCAGGGGGACGGGGCGGGGGCUGUGGGAGCCGGAGGGGCUCCAGUGGCCCCCGCCAUGGGGCCCAGCCUGGCCAAGCCCGACCUGUACCUGGGGAGCGAGGGCCCCAAUUCCAUGGACCAGUUCCUGAGCGACACCAACCUGCUGGGCCAGGAGGGAGAGUGCGUCAGCCUGGGCUCCAUCGACAACCUGGAUUUCCGGGAACUGCUGAGGCAAGAGGCGGUCACCCAGCAACCCCAGCAGCCCCAGCAACAUCAGCAUCAGGCCCCAGCUCCCAGCAGGUCCCAGUUGCCUGAUUUUGGCCUGGACGGGCUGACCAGCAGCCUACAGACAGCCACGCUGAUGAACUACUCGCCUGAUCUGCUGAAACUCAUGACCAGCAGCCAGGAGGAUGGGAAGGCCGAAGCCAGUGAGAACGCCCUGAACGGGGGCGACCUGGAAUCCGCUGCCUUCCUGCCCGACCCCUCGGUGGAGGACCACUUCAUGUCGAUCUUCACCCACAGCUUCGACCUGAUGAACUCGUCCGAGAUUAACAAGAUUUACGAGACGCAGUAGCUCGCCAGCACCUGGGCCAAUACCCAUCGCCUCCAUUUUAAAGUUCUCAUCGUAAUGGUCGAGUCUACCUUCUCCAGUCACCCAAACUGCUCUUUCUGUCUGUCUCUCUUCGUCAGCUUCCCAUUCUCCCCAGCCUCCUAUCCUCUACCUCCCCUUUCCCAUUCUCCCCAGCCUCCUAUCCUCUACCUCCCCUUUCCCAUUCUCCCCACCCUCCUAUCCUCUACCUCCCCUUUCCCAUUCUCCCCACCCUCCUAUCCUCUACCUCCCCUUGCCCAUUCUCCCCACCCUCCUAUCCUCUACCUCCCCUUGCCCAUUCUCCCCCCCCUUCCCCUUUCUUUCUAUUGCUCCCCAAACUCUUGUCAUUCCUUUUUCUCUGCCCACCUUCCCUUCCCUUUCUCCCUCCCUCUUUUUUUCUCUCCCUCCCUCACCUUCUCUCUCUCUCCCUCCCCUUUCUCUCUCUCCUUUUUCUUUCUCCCUCUCCUUUUUCUCUCUCUCUCCCUCUACUUCCCCUUUCUCUCUCUCCUGCCCCUUUUUCUCUCUCUCCCUCCCCCUCCCCUUUUUCUCUCUCUCCCUCCCCCUCCCCUUUUUCUCUCUCUCUCCCUCCCUUUUUUCCCUCCCCCUUUUUCUCUCUUACCCUCCCUAUCUCAUCCAGCCCUAUUCCUACUGCUUCACCCCUCCUCCCCUCCCUUCUCUUUCCUUCUGCCUCUGAUAGAUCCCCCAUUCAGGUCUGGGAUCCAUCCCCCAAUUCCAUCAAUCCACCGGCAAUGGCCGUGUCUUCAGCUGCCUGUAGUCCCAAGCUCUGGAAUUCCAUCCCUAAACCCCUCUCUUUUCUGUCUGCCUGGGCACAUGUCUCUCUCUUUCUCUGCCUGCCAUUUUGCAGACACGCCCCAAGGGUUUUUGGCAAAACCUCCCGGGUUGCUUGAUAGCUGAAGGCACGCCCGCCCGUGGUGGAAUGAUGGGAAUUGUGACUCCCCAAGAGAGGCCAACAUUGCCGCAACUGAGGAAGAUUUCCUUUCCUCUGCUUCAAUCAACAUUAUAAACCUUGUAGAUAUGAUAGGGACAUUUUAUUGUCAAGCUUGUAUAUUGCUUCACUGAAUAGAGGUCAGCUUUUGUGGCCAGAGAGAGAGAGGGAAGUGCCUUUAAAUGGUUUCACAAUUGUCGAUUGUAACCACCGCCAACACUUUUGAUUUAUACAGACCUAUUUCUGACAUCAAACACUUGUUUUGAACAUGGGAUUAUAAAUCCUUCAUUAAUUGAUAAUACGAUUGCGAACUUAAUAGCAAAUUGGAGCAAGCCAGAGGGACCCAGUAGGCCAAGUCUUAAAAUGGCGUAGGAGCUUGGUUGGAGCUAUUCCCUCCUGGCUUCAAUAGAGGCCUUUCCCUGGAGCACUGCACUCUGGGAAAGCUCUUGCCUCCAUCUUGUUUUUGCGGAGAGUUCAGAAAAGAUUUGCAAGCACGUCGCCAUGUUUGGAGCUAUAAGGAGAGGCUGAGUAGGCCGGGGAUCUUUUCCCUGGAGCGUCAGAGCUGAGUCAUAGAAUCCCUUACAGGAGCAGGCCAUUCGGCCCAACGGGUCCAUCCCAACCAGACCCGUAACACUCCCCUGCUCCCCCCCCCCACACCCGCGCUUCUCUCCCCCCCCCCCCCCCCAUCCAUCCUGUAACUUUGUAUUUCCCAUGGCUAAUCCACCUAGCCUGCACAUCUCCAACAUGAUGGGGCAAUUUAGCAUAACCUGCACAUCUUUAGAUUGUGGGAGGAAACCGGAAGAAGCCUAUGACCGUUCUAGAGAGGCAGGGCUAGGCUGAACAGCCAAGGUCUGUUUUCCCCAGGGUAGGGGAGUCCAAAAUUAGGGGAUAUAGGUUCAAGGUGAAAGAUACAGAAUCUUAGUCUCUACCUGCGACUCCACUUUCAAGGAGCUACGAACCUGCACUCCAAGGUCUCUUUGUUCAGCAACACUCCCUAGGACCUUACCAUUAAGUAUAUAAGUCCUGAUAGCACUGAUGAUGUUCCCUAGCCAGGGAACGAAACGUUUGCAACUUCCAGCUCGGCAAACAGAACCACAACAAUGUAUAAGUCCUGCUAAGACUUACUUUCUCAAAAACGCAGCACCUUGAAUUUUUCAGAAUUAAACUCCUUCUGCCACUUCUCAGCCCAUUUGCCCAUCUGGUCAAGAUAAAAGGGACCCAAGGGGCAACUUUUUCACACAGAGGGUGAUGCGUGUGUGGAAUGAGCUGCCAGAGGAAGUGGUGGAGGCUGGUACAAUGACAGCAUUUAAAAGGCAUCUGGAUGGGUAUAUGAAUACGAAUGGCUUAGAGGGAUAUGGGCCAAGUGCUGGCAAAUGGGACUAGAUGUCACUGGAGAGGAAAAUGGAGGUGCAGCCAUCCCAGAAGGCUGUGCAUCAGCGAAAGCACUCUAUUAAAACUGACCCUUCUCCCUCCUGACUGGAGUUAUUGGGCAGAUAGACUGACUGACAGUUUUGGGAGCACAGUCUAGAUUAGAGUGGUGCUGGAAAAGCACAGCAGUUCAGGCAGCAUCCGAGGAGCAGGAAAAUCGAGGUUUCGGGUUUUGCUGGUUUCCAGCAUCUGCAGUCAUUGCCUUUACUGAUAUGAAUAGGAAAGGUUUAGAGGGAUAUGCAAAUGGAACGAGAUUAAUUUAGGAUAUCUGGUCAGCAUAGAUGAGUUGGAGCGAAGGGUCUGUUUCUGUGCUGUGCAGUACCACGAAUUAAUCAUGGGAAGGAUCAGACAGUCAAUACCAAAUCUAACUCUCUCAAGACUGGUAACAGGGCAAUUUCAGGAGGGAAGGAAGAGCGAGCGAGCGAGGGCUAACCCCACACAGACCUGCCUAAGCUCUUCCCCCUCCCCCAGCCAUAAUCGUGGCUUUUAUUUCCUAAUUUUAAAUUCACCUUACGGAUUGUGGAACUGCUGGUGAGUCCAGCAUUUAUUACUCAUCCCUAAUUGCCCCACGAGAUUACAGUGGGAGGGGGUGGGGGGGAGACGGGACACACUCUAUGUUGAUUGUCUCCCGUUUGAGGUGGGGAAUUCCAGGAUUCCGACCCCGUGUAUCCACUGCCCUUCUCCUUUGGGUAGUUUAGGGUUGAGGAGUUAGAAGGUGCCGUCGAGAGAGCGUCAGGUGAAUUUCUCCAGCGCCUCUUGCAGAUGGUUGGCACCUCAUCCACAAUCAGGCAGCCUCUGUCACGGUCGGUAUUGAUCUUCUCGAGUGCCGUUGAAGUUGUCCCCAUCCAGGUGAUCGAGGAGACACUGCUGACUCAUGCCUGAUCGAGUGUGGACAGGCUCUGGGGAGUCAGGAGGUGAGCUACAGGAUUCCGAGCUGCUGACCUGCUCUUGGAGUGAUCGUCUCGGUUCAGUUCCUGGGCAGUGGUGACUCCCAGGCUGUUUGCUAGAGGGGAUUUCCGUGACGGUCGAACCUCAAGGGGAGGUGAUUCCAGGCGGUCGCUGCCUGGGGAGGUUUCUCGGGACCAGUAGGCAGUGACGGUGCAAACUCCCCAGCGACCACGGUGGGGAGAGACGCAACGCCUCUGUGAAACUGCACGGGCUGUUUGACCCGGGUCACCGCGUCCCCUGGACGAUAACUCUUGUCACUUUCCUGAGGGAUUCACGCGUGACCCUCCCGAACAGAUUAUAGCUAAGGCAGACACUCAGCCACCCACCUGGCACAGGAAGGGGCUUCGUUGUAAAGUGUCCCCUCCCACAGUUGAACAGCUAUACAACAGCAACUGGGUUGAGGGGGUCCCGGGAUGAAACGGAAACUCUUAAUCCAUUCCUGCUCUGCAAGUAACUCUAAAUCGAGUUCGAGACAGACCAACUAUUCUAGUUGUAGUUGCAUAAGAUCCCCAAACUGCAGUUGGUUCCUGCAAAUAACCCUGUGGUUACGAGUUCAUUAGUGGAUGUCACAAUGAUGUAGUUUUUUUUUAUUAAGUAAAAUAUGAUUCUUUUAAAUAAAUAGUUAAAAUUGAAA